GGGUGGAUACUCUCCGUCGCCGCGGAGGUCCACAUCUUGUUCGCAGGGAAGGUUUACUCCCCCAUCGUGGGUGACCGAGGGACUGAGGGCUCGGCCGGUUUCGCUCUGCUGGGGGCAAGGCACGCUGUCUCUCCCCACCCUUCCCGGUUCCCUCAGACAGUCUCGGCCUUGAGGAACACCCUUCGCCUCCGGUCCCGCAGCCGACCUUCCUCCGCUCCCCACGCCCUCCCCGGAGGACCCCGCUGUCACUCGCGAUGCUCCGAAGACCCGGGAACUGGGCGAGGAAGGAGGUGGCUGCCUUUUUCCAGCUGGGGGGAACAAUCCUGGACCAUGACUCAACAGCCACUUCGAGGAGUGACCAGCCUGCGUUUCAACCAAGACCAAAGCUGCUUUUGUUGCGCCAUGGAGACAGGUGUGCGCAUCUACAACGUGGAGCCCUUGAUGGAGAAGGGGCAUCUGGACCACGAGCAAGUGGGCAGCAUGGGCUUGGUGGAGAUGCUGCACCGCUCCAACCUUCUGGCCUUGGUGGGCGGUGGUAGUAGCCCUAAGUUCUCAGAGAUCUCAGCAGUGCUGAUCUGGGACGAUGCCCGGGAGGGCAAGGACUCCAAGGAGAAGCUGGUGCUGGAGUUCACCUUCACCAAGCCAGUGCUUUCUGUGCGCAUGCGCCAUGACAAGAUCGUGAUCGUGCUGAAGAACCGCAUCUAUGUGUACUCCUUCCCUGACAAUCCCCGAAAGCUGUUUGAGUUUGAUACCCGGGACAACCCCAAGGGGCUCUGUGACCUCUGCCCCAGCCUGGAGAAGCAACUGUUAGUGUUCCCGGGACACAAGUGUGGGAGUCUGCAACUUGUGGACCUGGCGAGCACAAAGCCUGGCACCUCGUCUGCUCCAUUCACCAUCAAUGCACAUCAGAGUGACAUAGCCUGUGUGUCUCUAAACCAGCCAGGCACUGUAGUGGCCUCAGCCUCCCAGAAGGGUACCCUUAUCCGCCUCUUUGACACACAAUCCAAGGAGAAACUGGUGGAGCUGCGCCGAGGCACUGACCCUGCCACUCUCUACUGCAUUAACUUCAGUCACGACUCCUCCUUCCUCUGCGCUUCCAGUGAUAAGGGCACCGUCCAUAUCUUUGCUCUCAAGGAUACCCGCCUCAACCGCCGCUCCGCGCUGGCUCGCGUGGGCAAGGUGGGGCCUAUGAUUGGGCAGUACGUGGACUCUCAGUGGAGCCUGGCGAGCUUCACUGUGCCUGCUGAGUCAGCUUGCAUCUGCGCCUUCGGUCGCAAUACUUCCAAGAACGUCAACUCUGUCAUUGCCAUCUGCGUAGAUGGGACCUUCCACAAAUAUGUCUUCACUCCUGAUGGAAACUGCAACAGAGAGGCUUUCGACGUGUACCUUGACAUCUGUGAUGAUGAUGACUUUUAAGGACCCUGGGGGCUGUGCUAGGGACCUGCAGUGGCAGACUGCAGAGCUGAGCCUUGGCAGUGGGGCGUGCUUGGAAGCCACCAGCCAGCAAGCAUUAAUGGGGCCGGUGCCCACUUUCUACUCAGCAGGGCUAUGUCUAAAUAAAGAGCUCAAUUCCCCCCAGCACUUCUUGAUGACUGUGUGCCCCAAGGGCUAGGCCAGAGACCCAGGAAGGCAGCGACCCCUUGGGAUCCCUAACUUGGAGGAAAUUGCCAGGGACCCAGAGGGAGUGCCCUAAUCCAACCUGGAGAUUUUUUAAAAGCUUCCUAGGAAGAGAUGAUUUCCGAUGUGAUGAAUACGAAUAAAAGGCCCUUAAUGGCAUUUAUGGCUUGACCUCAGGAGCGGGGCAUGGAGUUUCCUGGAGAAAUGUGACCCUUUUGGACGCUGACAGGAAGGAGGUGGAAUCCAACUCGGAUCCUUGUGACAGUCCCUCCUUUCUUAUCUGUCUGGCUACUUUGUGCUUGAGCCGCUGGCACCGCCCGGAGCAGCCCCUGCGGCGCCCCGCGCGGGGGUGGAUAGCAGUUUUAAGGGUUGGGAGCGUCUAGCGCGGCGGCCAAGGCUUGAUUUCCCGGCAGCCUUUGCUGCUUUUCUGAGCGGCGUAUUAGUUGUUUUUCCGGUCACGUGCAUCACCGCCCCUGCGCAAUCCACCUAGGAUGUUAGGAAAAAGCUGCCCAGCCCAGACUCCAUUUCCCGGUGUGCCCCGCGGUGGCGAGGGGCGUGACGGUUGUUGUAGUCCGGCCCCCUCCUGGCUGGUCCAGCCACAUUAACCGGCAGGAUGUCGGAGGUACGGCUGCCACCGCUACGCGCCCUGGACGACUUUGUUCUGGGGUCGGCGCGUCUGGCGGCUCCGGAUCCAUGCGACCCGCAGCGAUGGUGCCACCGCGUCAUCAACAACCUCCUCUACUACCAAACCAACUACCUUCUCUGCUUCGGCAUCGGCCUCGCUCUUGCCGGGUACGUGCGUCCGCUGCACACGCUUCUGAGCGCGCUGGUAGUGGCGGUGGCCCUCGGCAUGCUGGUGUGGGCAGCUGAGACCCGCGCAGCUGUGCGCCGCUGCCGCCGCAGCCACCCUGCUGCCUGCCUGGCCGCAGUGCUUGCCGUCGGCCUCCUGGUUCUCUGGGUCGUGGGCGGCGCUUGCACCUUCCUGCUCAGCAUCGCCGGGCCGGUGCUUCUGAUCCUGGUGCACGCCUCGUUGCGCCUGCGCAACCUUAAGAACAAGAUUGAGAACAAGAUCGAGAGCAUUGGUCUCAAGCGGACGCCAAUGGGCCUGCUACUAGAGGCGCUGGGACAAGAGCAAGAGGCUGGAUCCUAGGCCCCUAGGAUCUGUACUCAGGACCUGGAGAAUACCACCCCACCCCCAGCCCAUAAUUGGGACCCAGAGCCCUUUCCCAGCACUUAAAACAGGAGCCUAGAGCCCCCUGCCCAAACAAAACAGGACAUCUAUGACCACCCUACCCCCACGCCAGCCCCAAACUAAGAUAUCCCUCACACCCAGCCCCCAUAACCUAGGGACAAGAGUCUUCCCCAGCCCUGAACCUAGAACCAAGAGCCACCUACAUCCAGCCCCAACACUGGGGCUUCAGGCCACAGCAUCCAUGGCCAAUUUCAAAUUGUGAACCCAGAGACACUCCCAUCCACCCUUCUCCAUGCUCAGCCCCAAACUGGGGCCUGAGGCAAAGCACUCUCAAAUCUUGAAUCCUGGACCAAAGCUUUUCCAGACCCUACCCUACCUUCCAACCCAGGUCAAGACAUUGCCAAAUCUUGAACUCAAAACCCAAGUGUUCCAUGCCCCUGUGUGGAUGGAGUUGGGUAUCCUGACUGUUGGACCCCUGGUCCCAGGUGAUCCCGACCCUCACCAGUCCCAGUUGCCUCCCUCCAGCUCUGCUUAGGGAUUUUGCCCCUCACCCCAGUGUUCCACAUCAUUGACGACCAAGGGGUGAGGUGGGGACAGGCCUCAGCAGGGAAUGGGGCAUAUAUGUUAGUGUUGCUGCAACAAUAAAGUCUGUUGCAUCUCUCACGCCAA